GAUUUGUUCUGAUAACGCGUCAGGGACAGUUUAAAAAUGGCGGCGCACGUAUAGAUUUAUAGGUUUGCCUUGAAUGAAACUGCUGUUAGUCAGAAAUUAAUAAAAAAAUCUGUUCUGUUUUCCGAAUCAGACAGUGAUAAUGUUUCACAUUUUGCGCUGUAGUCGAUUAACCCCAGGUUCAGGUGGAUUACUGCGGUAUAAUGUGACUAAAUCCAGCGAGCUGCUGCUGCAUUCCAGCCGAUAUGGACAACGCUCACGACAAUGGACCUCUCAAUCCUCAACCACCACCAGCGCAGUCAUCCGGAUGUGGACCCAGGCUCAAAAAGCACUCCGACUCGUGACCCGGCAUCGCCUCAAGUCGCCUAGAGUGGCCCUGACGUUUGUGGUGGGACCAGCUGCUCUAACGCUUACAGCAAGACUGUUCGGCACUGUGGCUUACUGCAGCGCCGAUCUCAACAACAACAACCUCCUCCUCCCUGCAAAGGCACAAGCCAAAGAGAAGAUCCCAGAAUUCAGCUGGGCGCUCCUCUGGGAGUUCGUCCGGCCACAGAUCCUCGCAUUAAUCGGGGCCAUUGUUCUUGCAUUCGGAGCAGCAGCUCUGAACAUCCAGAUUCCACUGAUGCUCGGCAAUCUAGUGAACGUCGUCGCGCAGUACAUGAGGGAACACGUGGGAAAUUACAUGAGGGACAUUCGCACACCUGCGCUCAAGCUACUUGGCCUAUAUGGCCUCCAGGGUCUACUGACCACUGGUUACAUCAUCCUCCUGUCCCGGGUUGGAGAGAGCGUAGCUGCCGAGAUGAGGAAAUCGCUCUUUGCAUCAUUGCUAAGACAGGAUGUUGCGUUCUUUGAUGCCAAUAAGACGGGGCACCUAGUUAACCGUCUCACUGCAGACAUUCAGGAGUUCAAGUCUUCAUUCAAGCUGGUUAUCUCUCAGGGUUUACGGAGUGUCACGCAGACCGUCGGCUGCUUCGUGUCGCUGUAUGUGAUCUCUCCGAAGCUGACGGGCCUGAUGGUGGUGGUGCUGCCGUGUCUCGUUGGUGCCGGCGCUCUCAUCGGCUCCUUUCUGCGCAAGCUUUCUCGAAAAGCCCAGGAACAGGUAUCUAAAGCUACAGGCGUCGCCGAUGAGGCCCUUGGGAACGUGCGAACAGUGAGGGCCUUCGCCAUGGAGGACCGAGAACUGGAGACGUAUGCCAUAGAGGUGGAGAAAUCCGCCAUGAUGAACGAAGCUUUAGGAAGAGGAAUCGCCGUGUUUCAGGGACUUUCCAACAUCGUCUUGAACUGUUUAGUUCUGGGCACUAUUUUUGCCGGUGGAUCCUUAAUGGCGCAUAACGACAUGACCCCAGGUGAUCUCAUGUCAUUUUUGGUCGCCUCGCAAACAGUUCAAAGAUCCCUGGCCAGCAUCUCCAUUCUGUUCGGGCAGAUGGUGAGAGGUAUGAGCGCAGGAGCCCGUGUUUUCGAGUACAUGACUUUGGAACCUACCAUUUCCCUGACAGGCGGGGGACGGAUUCCACGCAAAUCUUUAACGGGAAGAGUAGACUUCGUCAACGUCAACUUCAGUUACCCGACGAGACCUGGCAACCAGAUCCUGAAAAACCUCAACCUGACUCUACCUCCAUGUAAAACGGUGGCUAUAGUUGGAGAAUCCGGUGGAGGUAAAUCCACCGUGGCGGCGCUGCUCGAGCGCUUCUAUGACCCCAGCAGCGGACUGGUCAUGCUGGACGGUCUGGACAUCAGGACGCUCGACCCUUCAUGGCUCAGGGGUCACGUGAUUGGAUUCAUUAGUCAGGAGCCGGUCCUGUUCGGCACCUCGGUUAUGGAGAAUAUCCGAUUCGGUAAGCCAGGUGCCACGGAUGCUGAAGUGAUGGCUGCAGCCAAGCAGGCCAACGCCCACACCUUCAUCACCAGCUUCCCCGACGGCUACGACACCGUGGUGGGUGAGAGAGGUGUGACCCUGUCAGGUGGGCAGAAGCAGAGGAUUGCCAUUGCUCGUGCUCUUGUGAAGAACCCCAGCGUGCUGAUUCUGGACGAGGCCACGAGCGCGCUGGACGCCGAGUCGGAGCGUGUGGUGCAGGAGGCGCUGGACAGAGCCACAGAGGGACGCACCGUCCUCAUCAUCGCCCACCGCCUCAGUACCAUCCAGGGGGCGGACCUUAUCUGCGUCAUGAGCAGCGGCAGAGUGGUGGAGGCUGGAACUCACCUGGAAUUGCUGAGCAGAGGAGGUCUGUACGCUGAGCUGAUCCAAAGACAGCGAGCUAACGACCAGAAGUGAAGCCUUGAGCAGAGGAAGUGCAGCAGAUCCACGUUACCUGGAUGUAAAUGAUAUUUAUAAACGCAUCAUAUUUACCAUCAUUUAAUGCUUUUAUCAUUCUAAAGAGGUGAUCGAUUUUACCUGCAUUUGAGCUCAUGUCUUCAGACUGGAAAUAUUUUAAGUAAUAUUUUUUAAAUCUGAUAUUUAAAAGUAUCGACCAUUUCCAUAUUGUGUAUAUCUACGUACGUGUAUAGUAAAUUUUAAAUGUUUAAUUUGUAAAAAUGAAGAAAAUGAAUAAAUGUGUAGUUAUACACUGGAACAGAGA